GACAACGGCUCUCACCAUUGACAGGCCUAUAUUCUAUUGCUCACUGGAGCCUCGAUCUCCAAGAGCAUGGCCCGAAAAGUCAGGGCGGCUGCAAGGGCGGCUGCCGCUUCGCUCAAAUCCACGCCGCAGCAGCUUGAAGAGUCUGACACAGAGAUGACAGGCAUGGCCUCGCCUCAAAAGGAUACUCGCGAAGAUGAAGCGGAUGAUGACGCCGAGGGAGAAGGUGAAGGCGAAGGCGAGGAAGUUGCGGACGACGAUGAAGUUGACGAGGACGAGAGAGACACGCCGAGGACACCUAUUGAGGGCGAAGAAGGGAUGACACCCACCGCAGACAACGAGUCUGAAGGAGGCGCACAGGAUACACCGUCUCGGCCUUCCAGCACGGCGGGUCGAGGCGGCAGCAGCAUGCUCGGGCGACCCCCACGACGACGGCGCAUCGGCCGUCCUCCAAAGAACAAACCAGCCGACUGGGACGCAGAAGAAGGCACAGGAACGCCGACAGGAACGGGCAGGACAGGCACUCCAGAUACACCGGGAGCACGGUCUGGUGCGAACACACCCGUCAAGCGUGGCCGGGGUCGAGGCCGACCUUAUGGCGGCGGAGCAGGAGGUAGCGGUGGCGGCGCAGGAGGAGGAGGGGGAGGGGGAGGAGCUGGUCGUUGGGGCCCC